AUGGGCACUCAGAGAUGUUCACCAACUUGCCCAAGGUCACCCAGGAGCCGGCAGUGAGCCCAGGACAGCGAUCGUUCCAGGAAGGCGCGGGCCGGCCAGCCCCGGGGGGACCCUGUGGGUACUGAAAUCCAACUCACCCAUGCCUAUUUCCUGUAAUGGACGAACUUGAUGCUAAUGUGAGUUCCAAGGAGGGUUUCCGGUCAGUGGAGAAGGUCGUGCUGCUCACGUUUCUCUCCACGGUUAUCCUGAUGGCCAUCUUGGGGAACCUUCUGGUGAUGGUGGCUGUGUGCAGGGACCGGCAGCUCAGGAAAAUAAAAACCAACUAUUUCAUUGUCUCUCUUGCCUUUGCGGAUCUGCUGGUCUCCGUGCUGGUGAUGCCCUUCGGUGCCAUUGAGCUGGUUCAGGACAUCUGGAUUUACGGGGAGAUGUUUUGCCUCGUCCGGACUUCUCUAGACGUCCUGCUCACCACGGCAUCAAUUUUUCACCUGUGCUGCAUUUCUCUGGACAGGUAUUAUGCCAUCUGCUGCCAGCCUUUGGUCUAUAGGAACAAGAUGACCCCUCUGCGCAUCGCGUUAAUGCUGGGAGGCUGCUGGGUCAUCCCCAUGUUUAUCUCUUUUCUUCCUAUAAUGCAAGGCUGGAACAACAUUGGCAUAAUUGAUUUGGAAGGAAUACCCAAACCAAGGCUGGGCGAGGAUUUGCAUGUGAUAGAAAAAAGGAAGUUCCCUCAGAACUCUAACUCCACGUACUGUAUCUUCAUGGUCAACAAGCCCUACGCCAUCACUUGUUCCGUGGUAGCCUUCUACAUCCCGUUUCUCCUCAUGGUGCUGGCCUAUUACCGCAUCUAUGUCACAGCCAAGGAGCACGCCCACCAGAUCCAGAUGCUACAACGGGCAGGAGCCCCCUCGGAGGGCAGGCCCCAGCCGACAGACCAGCAUAGCACGCAUCGAAUGAGGACAGAGACCAAAGCAGCCAAGACCCUGUGCAUCAUCAUGGGUUGCUUCUGCCUCUGCUGGGCCCCCUUCUUUGUCACCAAUAUUGUGGAUCCGUUCGUAGACUACACGGUCCCUGGGCAGGUGUGGACAGCUUUCCUCUGGCUCGGCUAUAUCAAUUCUGGAUUGAACCCCUUCCUCUACGCUUUCUUGAAUAAGUCUUUUCGACGUGCCUUUCUCAUCAUCCUCUGCUGUGAUGAUGAGCGCUACCGAAGACCUUCCAUUCUGGGCCAAACUGUCCCCUGUUCAACCACAACCAUUAAUGGGUCCACACACGUGCUAAGGGACGCAGUGGAAUGUGGUGUCCAAUGGGAGAGUCAAUGCCUCCCCCCAGCAACUUCUCCUUUGAUGGCUGCUCAGCCCAGUGACACUUAGUCCCUGGGCAGUGACUCAGAAGACAGCCAUCCCUCCGAGCAGGGCCAGGUCCUAAGCUGCUGCUCGUGCGUGACUGCGCCUGGUGUUCUCUUCAUCCGAGCGUUCCAUCUGUCCGUCCGUCGGGGCAGGCACCCCGUGCCCACCGGGCUUUCCCUCCGGGAUUCCAGCAGGCAGCGU